UGUAUGCAUUUACAUUUCCCCUUCUCUGUCUCUCUCCCUCUCUCCUUCUCUGCCUUGUUCUUUUUGUUUUUGGUUGAAAUUGAACCGACAUGGCUCCUAACAAAUGGGGUUUCUCACUUCCUCUGUUUCCGUAGGACUUUCUUGAAGCUGCUGCUUUCUCUGCUACCCUUACAUUGCAGACAUUAAUUUGAACAAUAUCAAGAAAUAGCCUAUUGAAAUCAUUUUGAAGGUGUUAAUGGCUGUGAAAACUCUGUUUUUCAAAGAAAAUGAUGGGAUUGUUCAUAAUCCAAUUGGGCAACUGUCAUCAGUCCCAUCAAUACCUUGGUGGAGUAAUCUUGGACCUCAAUCUGCUUACGGUGAAUCUUUUGGAUCAUUCAAGCUUUCAUCAAUGGAGCAAUCAAUUGGAGGAGAUCAAGUUACUGCUAUGAAGCAAGCUCGGCGCGGCACUGAGCAAGGGCUAGACAUAGAUAAAGGGAAUACCACUCAGUUCACUAUGUUUUCUGGUGACUGCAAAACCUCCAAUGGUGGACAAAAGUCUCCUCAGACAGCAAUGUCUCUGCAGAAAGCUCUGCCAGAACAUUGUACUCAUAUUGACCUUGGAUUCAGUCCGUCCAUGAUCUAUGCAAAAUAUCCUCAUGUGGAUCAAUGUUAUGGAGUAUUUUCAACCUAUGGACCUCAAAUUUCUGGGCGAAUUAUGCUGCCAAUGAACAUGACAACAGAUGACGGGCCAAUAUUUGUCAAUCCUAAGCAGUACCAUGGAAUCAUCAGGCGCCGAAGGACCCGUGCAAAGGCUGUACUAGAGAAUAAAUCAACAAGAAAACGUAAGCCUUUUAUGCAUCUUUCACGUCAUCUCCAUGCAAUGCGCCGGCCAAGGGGAAAUGGUGGCCGUUUCUUGAACACAAAGAAUUCCAAUGGAACGGUUGAAAUUGAGGCAAAGAAUGCUGGUGGUGUUCAACUAUCUCAGCCAGCCGGUUCUCAGAGUUCUGAAGUGUUGCAGUCUGAUAGUUCAAAGGAUCAUGGUGGAUCAAAUCUUUCUGGGGCUGAAGUGACAAGCAUGUAUUCUAGGAGAAAUUUUGAUCACUUCUCAAUCAACCAUCUUGCGCCACCACUUCAUUCCUUCUCAGUCAUAAUGGAUACUGGGCAUAAUGUCGUUAUGCCCAAUAAGUGGGAUAUUGGAGCUGCUGCAACCUGAAAAUUUAGCAAUGGAGGUGUGGGAUAAUGGAGCUUAGUUCUUGUACUAGGCAGUAACCACUAUAUCCCACCCGUUAAUGCAACCAAAUUUAGUUUGGGGAUCGACUCCACUAUUUGGUUGCGGGCAAAUCAUUCUUGGCUCAUUUGCAUUAGGGUCACACAGUCAUUCCAUGCAAUGCUAAAUUCAUGGAGGAUUGGAGGUGAAAAACUUAAUGCUAUUAAAAAAAAAAAAGCUAAAAAAAAUAUUAAAUAAAUGGGUUCAUUCCCAUUGUGUAAUGGUAAUGUGAAAGUGUGAUUGUGUGUUUGUGAUGUUAAUUAUGCUGUAGCUUUGUGUUCUUGAAGUUCAACAUUUGCUUUCUGUCAUUAUGACUUCUUCAAAUAAUGUAUGCUGCUACUUUUAUUUGUGUUAUAACCAUGUCUGUAAUCAUCAUGUUUUCUCUCUUGUGUAA